AUGGUACGAGGAAAAAUAUCAAUAGCAUUAAUGUGCUCCUCAAAAUUUUAUAUAAUUUUAAUUAUUGCACUUUCGACAUUUCUGUGUCCAAGAGUUGAAGCUGCGGAUGAGUUACGAAAAAGAGACUAUACAAAAUUUUCUUAUUACGCUAUAGAAGUUUUGAAUGAUUCUUUAGCAUCUCCCAAAGAAAUAGCCACACUAUUAAAUGUAACAUAUGAAGGACCGAUCGGUGAGCUAGCAAACCAUCACCUUUUCAGCUUUCCAAAAGUUAAAACAAUAUUAUCCGAAAACAAACGCAAUAAACGUAGUUUAGAUACUAUUCAACUAGACGAAAACACCGAUCGCAUAAUUAGAAGAUGGAAGGAUUUAAAACAAAAACGUAGUCUUGGCAAACGGAUCUUUAAUAAAAGGUCGUUUCAAACAAUUGACAAUAUCAUAUCAGUAGAAAAACAGAAAUUGCGUCGUCGAUUACAUAAACGGAUACCUGCUCCGCCACAGAUUCCUUCACCGAAACCUGACAAUACAAAUAUUCAAAAAACGGUAGAUUUUGAUAAUUUGGCAUUUUCUCUUGGCAUUUCCGAUCCUGGAUUUAAAUAUCAAUGGCAUCUUUUCAAUACAGUUCAACGUGGGAACGAUAUUAAUGUAACGGGUGUAACUGGUAAAAAUGUUGUUGUUGCUCUUGUUGAUGAUGGCUUGGAUAUGGAUAGUGAGGAUUUAAAGGAUAAUUACUUUGCAGAAGGUUCAUAUGACUUUAACGAUCAUAAUCCAAUACCAAAGCCUAAACUUUCUGAUGAUCAACAUGGUACAAGAUGUGCUGGUGAAGUUGCGGCACUACGAAAUGAUGUUUGCGGAGUAGGAGUUGCAUGGGAUGCAAAAGUAUCCGGUGUACGAAUUUUGUCAGCAGAAAUAUCGGACGCUGAUGAAGCCGAAGCUCUCAAUUAUCAAUAUCAUAAGAAUCAUAUUUAUUCUUGUAGUUGGGGUCCUCCAGAUGAUGGUCAAUCAGUCGAGGCUCCUCAUGGCUUAAUUCUAAAAGCAAUGAUCAAUGGAAUUGAAAAUGGUCGUUCCGGCAAAGGAAGUCUUUUUGUUUUUGCUUCCGGCAAUGGAGGAGCGAAUGACGAUAAUUGUAAUUUCGAUGGAUAUACUAAUAGCAUAUAUACUAUCACUGUUGGUGCUGUUGAUCGAAAUGGUGGACAUCCUUUUUAUUCAGAAAAAUGUUCAGCAUUAUUAGUGACUACAUAUAGUAGUGGCGGCGGAAGCUAUAUUUAUACAACGGAUGUCGGUCAACGUUUGUGCGCUAGUACACACGGUGGUACUUCAGCGGCUGCACCAAUUGCCGCUGGAAUAUUUGCUCUUGUUUUGGAGGUUAGACCGGAUCUUACAUGGCGUGAUGUGCAAUACCUGGCUUUAACAAGUGCCGUGCCAUUUGACUUGGGAGAUGAAGAGUGGUCAAUGACAGCAGCCGGUCGCUACUUUAGUCAUAAAUUCGGAUAUGGAAAAAUCGAUGCAUACAAAAUUGUUCGAAAUGCGAGAACGUUUAAAAAUUUAGAACCUCAAACGUCUAUAGAAACAGAAAUAAUAAAAAUUGAUCAACGCAUUCCAAUGGACGAUGAGGGAGUGUUAUCCUCGAUUGAAAUAUUUCAGAGUCAACUCGACAGCACGAACUUUUCUCGAUUAGAGCACGUAACUGUCACUUUAAAUAUUGAUCAUACUCGUCGUGGAGAUAUCGAGGUUGAUUUGAUAAGUCCCAAAUUGAUUCGGUCAAAAUUAGCCCCUCCGCGUAUAUAUGACACGCACAGAGCAGGUUUGGAAAAUUGGACUUUCAUGAGUGUCAAGCAUUGGGAUGAGUCACCAAUUGGAGUUUGGACGCUUCAAGUAAGAGAUCGCAGCAAUCCUGACAAUUGGGGUGUUUUCAUCGAUUGGACAAUAAAAUUUUGGGGUGAAAGGAAGAAAGAAGUGGUUGGAAUUCCUCCCGCCAAAACAGCUUCGGAAGAAAGUUCUAUCACCGAUUCUGCCGUAAAAGUAAUACCAAAAUCAAACUUGUAUUAUGCUAUUGUCGGUAUGGGAAUUGCUCUUAUCCUUGCUGGGUUAGUGUAUCUUGGCAAAAAACGUUUCUGGGAUAAAAAUAGAAAACGAGAAGGUUACGAAUUCGCUGUCUUAUCGGAUGAUGACGGACGUUUGGGAGACGAUUUAAUCCCGUUGGGAGGUGGAAAACAAUUCAUGACAUCACGUGAAGUAUUUGCUGCAUUUGGGGAUAGCGAUGAAGAGGAAGAGGACGAAAAAUCACAAGUACUCUAUGAUAACAUAUAUAUGGACGCAUAUAAGGACAAUGUACUAGAAAAAAUCAACGAAGAUGAAGAAACUGUUAUACAGGGAGAGAGUAGUGGAAAUGGUAGUACUGCUAGCGUAGCCAAGAAACACGGAGAUAGUAACAGUAACAUAUACCUAAUCUAA